GACAGACGCUCGCACUGGAUCACCGCAGGUUCAAUUGUUGAAAAGCCCAGCGAGAAGCCGUUGGUCGGUGCGAGAGGAAACUCGUGAUGAGACGUCACACCGCUGCGCACCGCCGCACGGACCCAGACUGAGGACUGAGGACUAAGGACCGAGGACUAAGGACAAAGGACCGAGGACUGAAGGAACACAGAGAGAGAGAGAUAGACGCAGUCGUCGAAGAUGCAGUCUCUCAUCCCGAUGCUGAUGAUGAGCGUGUGCUCCAACUACUUCGGCGAGAACUCCACCAAGGCACCCAGCAACGAUGAAGACGAGGAGGUGGUGGAUCCCGGCUGCGUGCUGCGCAACCCCCCUCUGCUCACACACGUCCACCUGAGGAUCGCCACCAUCUCGGACCACCCGCUGAGCUACGUCGUGGAGGAGGGCGGGCGGAAGGUGGGCAAGGGCGUGGUGUUCGACUUCGUCGAGAUCCUGCGCUCCAAGUUCGGCUUCACGUACGAGGUGCUGACCCCCAGGGAGAACGUGAUCGGCGACAACAACACGGGCCUCCUCAGCAUGCUCAACAAAGGGGAGGCUGACAUGGCGGCCUACUUCCUGCCCAUCAUCUACGAGAAGAACCACGGCGUGCGCUACUCGUUCAGCCUGGGCGACGUGGACUGGGUGGUGAUGAUGAAGCGGCCCCGCGAGUCGGCCAACGGCUCGGGCCUGUUCGCGCCCUUCGACACCACCGUGUGGCUGCUGAUCCUGGUGUCGCUGGUGCUGACGGGCCCCGUCAUCUACCUGAUCAUCCUGGUGCGCGUGAAGCUGUGCAAGGGCAGCGAGCGGCUCACGCGCAUCUACCCGCUGGACGCGUGCGUGUGGUUCGUGUACGGCGCGCUCAUGAAGCAGGGCUCCACGCUCAGCCCCAUGACGGACUCGUCGCGGCUGCUGUUCGCCACCUGGUGGAUCUUCAUCACCAUCCUCACGUCCUUCUACACGGCCAACCUGACGGCCUUCCUCACGCUGAGCCGCUUCACGCUGCCCAUCGACGACGCGCGCGACAUGGCCGUGUACCGCUACCGCUGGAUGGCGCAGAAGGGCCUCACCAUGCACGAGGUGGUACGGCACGACCCCGCCUACGACUACCUGAACCACUCGGUGAAGGCGGGCCGGGGGGAGUUCCUCAAGGGGGACAACCUCAAGAUGAUGUCCAUCGUGCAGAAGGAGAACAAGAUGUACCUGCGCGAGCGCAACGUGGUGGAGUACCUGAUCCUGCGGGACUAUGUCACCAAGACACACAACAACGUGGAGGAGACGGAGCGAUGCACCUUCGUGUCCACGCCCAAGGCCUUCAUGGAGCGGUCCGUGGCCUUCGCCUACCAGCCGGGCACCAAUCUGCACAAGCUGUUCGACCCCGUGUUCAUGGGCCUGGUGGAGCAAGGCAUCGUGAAGCACCUGCUGCGCAAGGACCUGCCCAAGAACGAGGUGUGUCCCCUGAACCUGGGCAGCAAGGAGCGCCAGCUGCGCAACUCCGACCUCUUCAUGACCUACAUCAUCGUCAUGUCGGGCUACGCCAUCGCCGUGGCCAUCUUCUGCGGCGAGCUGCUGGCGCGCGUCAUCGCCAAGUUCCACGAGAGCCGCGUCAUCGAGACGCACGACACCGGCUACGUGCCCAGCAAGUCGCACAUGUUCCCGCCGCCCUACUCCACCGUGCUGAUGGGGCUGGACGCGGAGGGCGGGAUCCCGGGCGGGAAGAAGCAGAACAUCAACGGCCGGGACUACCUGGUGGUGGACGCCAAGGACGGGGACCGCCGCCUCAUCCCCAUGAGGACUCCCUCCGCCUUCCUGUUCCAGUACUCCGCCUAGG